AUGGAGGACAGGUCCAAGAAGCCGUCCGAUCACCUCUAUUGGGCACGCACCGCGUCGACCACGCAGCCCGUCGAGCACAAGCCGCUCGAUGCCGCCGCGCAGGCGGCGCUGCAGUCGGCGGCGGCCAAGCCGGGCGCGGCGUGGAACGCCGCGGCGACGUGGGAGGAGAAGGAUAUAUCCAAGUGGGCGCACGAGCUGCUGAGCUCGACGCUGCUGCCCACGCUCGCCGCCGCUGAGGCGGAGCUGACGGCGAGCGAGGCGGCGGCCCUGCCCGCCGACUCGAGGGGCGCCUCCGGCCUGCGGUGCGCGCUCAAGGUGAGUGCUGUGAGCUCCGUGAGCGGCGACGUGACGCACGUGCUGAGCCGCGGGAAGCAGCGCGUGGUCUUCGAGCUGACGCUCAAGCUCAAGCUCGAGCUCGAGCUCCGCGAGUCCGACGGGACGCUCCUGCAGCUCGUCGCCGGCUCGCUCUCGCUCAGCGAGGUCGCGAACGACGACCUCGACGGCGCGAGGAUGCCGUCGUCGCACAAGACGUCGUGCGACCAGCCCGAGUGGGCGCCCCUGCUCCGCGCCGCCGCCGGUCGCGCAUGGCCCCCGCUCAAGGGGGCGCUGGUUGCCCUCGUGGAGCAGGCGAAGGAGAAGUGGCGCUGA